UUGGCGCGACUACCCCACGAGGGUCCCACGUGUGGUGCAGGGAGAGAUAGUCCAGUCUAGGCAGCUGGGGACCAAGGGCGACCAUCUUGCACAUCUGUGCAAUCACAAGUAAGGAUUAAAGUUGCUCUGACUGGCUGUGUGAACCAAACAUCAUUCAUCUGCCUCCAAACUGCCUAGCGGCCCUGCUUCCACUGCCAUCCCUCUUCCCGAAGUCGCUUCUUGGGCUUAGAGAGCACAUUCACUUAGACUUCCAGAAGCUGGAGCCAGAAAAUGGACUCCGUGGCUGUCGAGGAUGUGACUGUGGACUUUACCCGGGAAGAGUGGGCAUUGCUGGAUCUUUCUCAGAGGAAACUCUACAGAGAUGUGAUGAUGGAAACCUUCAGAAACCUGGCCUCAAUAGUUUCUCAAAACAUUAAUGUUGGAGAAAAGCUAUCCACUGAAAAUAGGAUAGUACAAUUCAUGAAAAAUGACACCUGCUCCUCCAUGGUUGGAGAAAUCUGUGAAUUGCAUGGUAUUGAAGAUCAGGAUAACAACCAGAAAACACAUGUGAGCAUGCUGCCUAUUUUUGACAGACAGCGUAUGAUAGAGAACCUCUGUGUAAGUAAUGAAGACAAUCAGUGUGGACAGACCUUCAGCAAGAUUCCAAAUCUUUCUGUGCUGAAAAGAACUAUAGAAGCAUAUCCUUCUGAAUUCCUUGAGUGUGGACAAUGUUUGAUGGAUCACUCCUCACUUAAGCAUCAUAUGAGAUCUCACCCUGGAUUCCAUGCCUCUCAGUGUAAGGAAUGUGGAGAAGCCUGCAGUUGUCCCUCUCACCUCAGCACUCCUGUGAGAACUCUUACUGGAGAGAAACCCUAUGAAUGUAAGGAAAGUGGGAACACCCUUCCUCAGUCCUCAGAUCUCAUUAUACAUGUGAGAACUCACAGUGCAGAGAGGGUUUAUGAAUGUAAGGAAUGUGGCAAAGCCUUUCAUCGUUUCUCACACCUCACUACACAUAUGAGAAUUCAUAGUGGAGAGAGGCCUUAUGAAUGUAAGGAAUGUGGGAAGGCCUUCAGUUGGCCAUCACACCUCACUAAACAUAUAAGAAUUCACAGUGGAGAGAGGCUUUAUGAAUGUAAGGAAUGUGGGAAAGCCUUUAGUUGGCCAUCAAACCUCACUGCACAUAUAAGAACUCACAGUGGAGAGAGACCUUACGAAUGUAAGGAAUGUGGGAAAGCCAUUAGUUGCUCCUCAAGCUUCACUAAACAUAUGAGAAUUCACAGUGGAGAGAAGCCUUAUGAAUGUAAGGAAUGUGGCAAAUCCUUUAGUUACUCCUCAAACUUAAGUAAACAUAUGAGGAUUCACAAUGGGGAGAGGCCUUAUAAAUGUAACAAAUGUGGUAAAGCCUUUCGUCAUUCGUCACACCUCACUAGACAUGUGAGUACUCACAGUGGAGAGAGGCUUUAUGAAUGCAAGGAAUGUGGGAAAGCCUUUAGUUGCUCUUUAAGCUUCACCAAACAUAUCAGAAUUCACAGUGGGAUGAGGCCUUAUGAAUGUAAGGAAUGUGGCAAAGCCUUUCGUCGUUCCUCACACCUCACUAGACAUAUGAGUACGCACAGUGGAGAGAGGCCUUCUGAAUGUAAGGAAUGUGGCAAAUCCUUCAGUAGCUCCUCAAACUUAAGUAAACAUAUGAGAAUUCACAAUGGGGAGAAGCCUUAUGAAUGUCAGAAAUGCGGCACAGCCUUUAGUUGCUUUUCAAGCUUCACUAAACAUAUGAGAGUUCAUAAUGGGGAGAGGCCUUAUGAAUGUAAGGAAUGUGGGAAGGCCUUUAGUUGGCCAUCACACCUCACUGCACAUAAAAGAACUCACAGUGGAGAGAAGCCUUAUGAAUGUAAGGAAUGUGGGAGAGCCUUCAGUUGCUCUUCAGCCUUCACUAAACAUAUGAGAAUUCACAGUGGAGAGAAGCCUUAUGAAUGUAAGAAAUGUGGCAAAUCCUUUAGUUACUCCUCAAACUUAACUAAACAUAUGAGAAUUCACAGUGGGGAGAGGCCUUAUGAAUGUAAGGAAUGUGGCAAAGCCUUUCCCUUUUGUCAUUUCUCAGACCUCACUACACAUAUGAGAAUUCACAGUGGAGAGAGGCCUUAUGAAUGUAAGGAAUGUGGGAAAGCCUUUAGUUGGCCAUCACACCUCACUAAACAUAUGAGAAUUCACAGUGGACAGAGGCCUUAUGAAUGUAAGCAAUGUGGAAAAGCCUGUCGUAAUUCCUCACACCUAACUAGACAUAUGAGUACUCACAGCGGAGAGAGGCCUUAUGAAUGUAAGGAAUGUGGGAAAGCCUUUAGUUGGCCAUCAAUCCUUGCUACACAUAUAAGAACUCACAGUGGAGAGAAGCCUUAUGAGUGUAAGGAAUGUGGGAGAGCCUUUAGUUGCUCUUCAAGCUUCACUAAACAUAUGAGAAUUCACAGUGGAGAGAAGCCUUAUGAAUGUAAGGAAUGUGGCAAAUCCUUUAGUUCCUCCUCAAACUUAACUAAACAUAAGAGAAUUCACAAUGGAGAGAGGCCCUAUGAAUGUAAGGAAUGUGGCAAAGCCUUUCGUCAUUUAUCAGACCUCACCGCACAUAUGAGAAUUCACGGUGGAGAGAGGCCUUAUGAAUGUAAAGAAUGUGGGAAGGCCUUUAGUUGGCCAUCACACCUCACUGCACACAUAAGAACUCACAGUGGGGAAAGACCUUAUGAAUGUAAGGAAUGUGGGAAAUCAUUUAGUUGCUCCUCAAACUUAACUAAACAUAUGAGAAUUCACAAUGGGGAGAGGCCUUAUGAAUGUAAGGAAUGUGGCAAAGCCUUUUGUCACUCCUCAGACCUCACUACACAUAUGAGAAUUCACAGUGGAGAGACGCCUUAUGAAUGUAAGGAAUGUGGAAAGGCCUUUAGUUGGCCAUCACACCUCACUAAACAUAUAAGAAUUCACAGUGGAGAGAGGCUUUAUGAAUGUAAAGAAUGUGGCAAAUCCUUUAGUUGCUCCUCGCACCUCACUACACAUAUAUGUACUCACAGUGGAGAGGGGCCUUAUCAAUGUAAAGAAUGUGGCAAAGCCUUUAGUUGCUUCUCAAACUUCAAUAGCCAUAUCAGUACUCACAGUGGAGAGAGGCCUUAUGAAUGUAAGAAAUGUGGCAAGGCCUUUAGAUGCUCCUCAUACUUAAUUAGCCAUAUGAGUACUCACAGGGGAGAGAGACCUUACGAAUGUAAGGAAUGUGGCAAAGCAUUUCGUCGUUCAUCACACCUCACUAGACAUAUGAGAACUCACAGUGGAGAGAGAGCUUAAGAGUGGUUUCGUUCAUAAACCAAAAACGAAACCAAACCUGUUGCCAUCGAGUCGAUUCCAACUCAUAGCAACCCUACAGGACAGAGUGGAACUGCCCCAUAGAGCUUCCAAGGAGCGCCUGGUGGAUUUGAACUGCCGACCUUUUGGUUAGCAGCUGUAGCACUUAACCACUACGCCACCAGGGUUCCCUAGUGCUGUUAUUUCAAACAGCAAAUUUUUGAAAGUCUCUGAUUAGAGGACAAAGUUUCUCAGUGACGAAGAAAACAAACUCAAAGAAAGGGUCAUUAAAGCUACUUUGUUUCUCGGGAAGCAACAGGGGAGGAGUGGAGCUUAGCUUUUACACGCUUUGGGCUGAGAUGGCAGCAGUGGCUACACUGGUGCCAGAAAUGUCUGAGACAAUGAACAGAUAUAGGACAGAGGCCCCUAGAGCAGAAGGUCACACCCUGAGAGCAGCAGACCACCCCAUGAGCCCAAGGGACCAUGGCUCCCCUUCAUAGCAGUUAUGCUCACAGACAUAUCCUGAUAUUGAUCCUGAGUGGUAUCCUGUUAGAAUACUGCUGAUUGGCGAGAGUGAACAUCUGUUUUGAUGAGGGUGAGUGCACUUCACGCUGGGGCCUUUCCUGGACCUCGCCCUUUGCACUUCUUCAUUUAUGUCUUUCUCUGUUAUGUCCUUUUCUGUUUAUAUUAAAAGCCGUUAUUGCAGGUAUGGUGUUUCUGUGAAUUCUGUAUGACUGUUGCAACAAAUUCAUCGGAGUACCAUCUGACAUCCUGUAUCAUUAAAACGGUGUGCUUGUGGGUUGUUAGGUGCCAUUGAGUAGGUUCCGACUCGUAGCAACCCCAAGUACAACAGAAUGAAUCACUGCUCGGUCCUGCACCAUCCUCACAAU